UCCCAAAGCCCAAGCUCACUUAUUUAAAUUGCUUGUUUUAUCUGAUUAAUAGUCCAAAAGCCGCAGACAUUCAAUUUACACUCAUGUAAGAUUAAGAAAACAUUAUAGAAGACCAAGCAAACCAUUAACACAUUUUAGAAGCUGGAUCCAGUGAAUGUGUUUAAUUUUUUGCUCAAAAUGAAUUAAAGAUAACUGAUUAAUUUUCUAUCUAUUGACUGACUGACCAAUCAACUAAUAAUUUUAGCUUCAAUUUAAUGACUCAAUUAUUUAUAUUAUCCCCCUAAAACAGUAAAAGUUGAUUGUAAAGAGUAUCAGAAUCAGCCUUGCCAACCCACCAUAUGUACUUUGUUUCGUUAUUGUAGGGUGUAAACUGAUUUAAAAACCUCACCUUCCCAGAAAAAAUACCAAGGACAUGACUUUCACGUCUUCAGUGGUAUCUAUAGCCCUGAGUGUACGUCUUAAUUAUACUUGAAACUUGCUCCCUUGAACUGUAUAAAAUUCUGCAGUGUCUGCAAUUGACGCACCGGUAUCAAAAUUUUAAUGAGUAACCUUUCUAGGCAACAUAAGGAAACAUAUAGAAGUAUUUUACAACAGGGACAGAUAGGCAUUGCCUGAUGGUGCAAGUGAUGCACCUGGCUGGUGCAUCAUUUGCAGUUUUAAGGAAAUAAAAUGACAAAGGGAAAUUACAAAAUGUCACGUAUGGGAGAGAUAUACUGGCAAUGACGAACUCACGCUCACACAUACUGUAAAAAUGGCAGUGCAUGUACAUAUCACAUCUCAGCAGAUGCAAUGAAUGGAUUAAAGCAGAUGAGGCCCAGAUGUCUGCUUGAUAAAAAGUUAAAAAUGCACUUUUUCAUGACUAAUUUUAAAGACCAAAAAUCUAGUUCAUCUGAUGAAUAACAUCAUUCAGCCAUCAUUUUGCUUACUGGUUCACAUGCAUGCUUUGUAAACUGAAUGACAAGAUCAGAUAAAAUAUUAUAAACAUAUACCAAAUAUCAAAAUUAGGUAAACAUUUUUACAAUAUUAGCUUUGAAUCUAGCUAACAUACAUUUAUUAAAAUAAUUGAUGUUAUCCACUCAUUUAUCUGUGUAACAGCUAUUUUUCCAGAGGUGUAGCAUAAUUCUAGUUGCUCUGUAAAAAUGGCGUUCUGUCCGAAGCAGACAACAUGUAGGUGAAUUUCUAAACUUCUCUUUCAUUAUAUCCAGACAUUGAGAGAAAUUGUAUGUAAAUAUAGGCCUUUUUCAGGUUCCAACUUUUCUAACACAAGUCAUUAUUAGCCAAUAUCUGAGUACAAUUUAUGCCGAGUUUUCUGUAAUCUUAAAAUAUGAUGUGGAGCUAACGUGUUUGACAACUUGAUUACCAGAUUUAUGUGAUGUGAGAUGUCAGUAGUGCUCGCCAAGUGUUCCACUCCAACCUGUGUGAAGACAUCAAUACGAAGCGAAACACUUCCCCCCACGCUUUUCACGGUUGCAGAUUGAUCAUGUGUAACACCCUGCAGUCUCAUCUUGGAGGUGGUGUGAUGUGGGAGACAAGAUUCUUACUUUCAAGAAUCACAACAUGUUUGAGCAGUUGCAACAAAGGGCUUGUUCAGCAGAUGCACCGUCAUGGCACACAAGUUCAGAUCCAAACUCGUCUGUACUGUAACUGUCGGCCUUUUUUCUCAUACCGAUUUUUCUUUGAGCACCAUGUCCGCACUAAUGCAGAAUGUGUACGGCAACAGACAAUAGCUGAAGGGAAGAUGAUGGAACUGAAAACGUGGUUUACUACGUUGUCGGCCUCUAAAGCCUUUUGAUACAUUGUAAAUACUUACGUGGUACUGGGCUGUACAAAUAAAACUGACUUGACUCUCCUCAAACGUCAAACACCGAUGCUUGUAUUUCGUGACGUGAUACCUACCCACAAUGUCUUAGGAAACAGGACGUCCAUUCUUAGAGAUGGACAUGCUCCAACAGCAGUUUUCAAGACAAUUUAGAACGCGUAGGUGAAGGACUGGGAACAUGUCCACUGACUUCAUGAGAACUGAAAUGUAGGAGUAUGAGUUAUAGCUUUCUGCCUCUGGAUAUUUGUUCUGCUGUCUCUGUCUCGACAGAGACAGAAAGGUAUAAAUACAUCAGAGGAAAGGUGCUUUAUAGUGGUAUUGUCAUUAAACAAUGCCAAACUAUGGUUAAAUUCUCAGGAAUAAUCCUGCAGUGCUUUACAGGAAAUUUGGCAUAAUUUAAAUGUACUUAGAGUGCAGAACCAGUCAAAGGUUUGGACACACCUUCCUAUUCUUGGAUGAGAAAGCGUGUCCAAACUUUUGUCUGAUACUGUAUUCAUUCGUAAGUACACAAAUUUGUCUCUGACACCACAACUCACCAGCAAUGUUGGCAGUUGGCUGCACUUUGAUAUCUAAAUGGAAAAUGUGGUUGGCUCUAUAAAAUAUAAAUAUAUAUAUAAAAAGACUACUAACCUAAUGUGAUACAUCUAAGCAUAAGAAGGUGUUAACACAACUUUUUAGGUUAAUUGAAAACUAAAGGGAAAUGAUCUCUCAUUGAGAUUACUGGAAACUAGAACAUUGACCAGGUGCCUCCCAUGAACACAAUGGACACAGUGUGUGUGUGUGGUGAGUGAACGGGCAACAAAUUCAGUCUGUCCGCUGUUGCAAGGUGGAUGACUACCAUGGGACUAAGAUCUGCAAUCCCUAUGCAUGGCUGGAGGACCCUGACAGCAAAGAAACGAUGGCCUUUGUUGAGGAGCAGAAUAAACUGACCAUGCCGUACCUGGAGCAGUGUGCUGUCCGGGCUCAGUUCCACCAGCGUCUCACUGAGCUUUAUGAUUAUCCCAAAUACAGCUGCCCUUACAAAAGAGGAACGAGGUAUUUUUACUUUCACAACAAAGGUCUCCAGAACCAGAGUGUGCUGUAUGUGCAGGACUCUCUUGAUGAACCCGCCACCGUAUUCUUUGACCCCAAUAAGCUGUCCGAAGACGGCACCGUGGCGCUGAAAAUGGGCCGUCUAUCAGAGGAAUGUGAAUAUUUUGCAUAUGGUUUGAGUAGCAGUGGCUCAGACUGGGUAACAGUGCAUUUCAUGAAGGCAGAUGACCUCACCCCACUGCCUGAUGUACUGGAGAGGGUCAAAUUCAGCUGCCUGGCCUGGACUCACGACGCAAAGGGUGUCUUUUACAACUGCUACCCACGCCAGGAAGGCAAGACUGACGGCACAGAGACCACUUCUAACAUCAACCAGAAGCUCUACUUCCACGUCAUCGGCACCAAGCAGUCUGAAGACAUUCUGGUUGCAGAGUUCCCCGAUCAUCCCAAGUGGCACAGCUCAGUUACAAUAUCAGAUGAUGGCAGAUAUGCUGUUUUGUCCAUCACUGAAGGCUGUGAGCCUGUCAACCAGCUGUGGUAUUGUGACCUUCAGCAGCUCCCCAAUGGCAUCACAGGCCUGCUGCCAUGGGUCAAACUCGUGGACAACUUUGACGCCCAGUACUCCUAUAUCACCAACGAGGGAACUGUAUUCACUUUCCACUCCAACUCGGAUGCUCCUCGGUACUGUCUCAUCAACAUAGACAUCCAGAAACCAGACAAGCAGCACUGGACAACACUCAUACCGCAGCACGACAAGGAUGUCCUGGGCCUCGUCUCCUGUGUAAACCACCACCACCUGCUGGUCAACUACCUCCAUGACGUGAAAGACAUUCUGCAGCUGUACGAGCUGUCUACAGGCCAGCUGGUCAGGGACCUGCCGCUGGACGUUGGCACAGUGGCCGGAGUGAGCUGCAAGAAGAAACACUCUGAGUUCUUCUACAAGUUUACCUCCUUCACUACACCAGGUAUCAUUUACCACUGUGACCUGAGCAAGUCGAACCCAGAACCCAGAGUGUUCAGGGAAGUGGAGGUAAAAGGCAUCAAGCAAGAAGACUAUCAGACCACCCAGGUGUUUUAUCCCAGUAAAGAUGGAACCAAGAUACCCAUGUUUUUAGUCCACGCCAAGGGCCUGAAGAAAGACGGGACUCAUCCUGUCUUUCUUUAUGGAUACGGAGGAUUUGAGAAUUCCAUUCAACCAUACUACAAUGUUGCUUACCUGGUGUAUGUGAGACACCUGGGAGGGGUCCUGGCAGUGGCCAACAUCAGAGGCGGUGGAGAGUACGGCCUCACCUGGCACAAAGCCGGUACAUUAGGGAACAAGCAGACAUGCUUUGAUGACUUCCAGUGCGCAGCCGAGUAUCUCAUCCAGGAAAAGUACACCACAGCCAGCCGCAUCGCUAUCAAUGGAGCCUCUAAUGGAGGGCUGUUAGUGGCGGCAUGCGUGAACCAGCGUCCGGACCUGUACGGCUGUGCUGUGGCAGAGGUGGGGGUGAUGGAUAUGCUGAAUUUCCACAAGUACACCAUCGGUCACGCCUGGACCACCGACUACGGCUGUUCUGAUGACCCAGAGCAGUUUAAGUGGCUCAUCAAGUAUUCUCCUCUCCAUAAUCUGCCUCCGCCACCUUACUCUGGCUCUCCCUACCCUGCCGUCCUGCUUCUGACAGCAGAUCACGAUGACCGCGUGGUUCCGCUCCACACACUGAAGUACUGCGCUGCCUUGCAGCACGGGGUGGGCAGCAGUCCCGUGCAGCGUCAGCCCCUGAUGGUCAGGGUGGACACCCGUAGCGGGCAUGGUGCAGGGAAACCCACCGCAAAGGCCAUCUUGGAGGACACGCACAUUUAUUCCUUCAUCGCUGAGACUCUCGGGCUCAGCUGGAAAGAGUGAGGAGAAUGUGACAGGGAGAGUGAGGUGAUGGAAAUUCACAAUAAGCGAGGUUUUUAAGGGAUUAUGUUGAUUUUUUACAUAAUUUCUUUUCUUUGUUUUGAUAUUUUUUUAAGAAGGCAUAGCUGUAUAACUAGGAGGAAAUGAGGGGGAAAUUAUGGGGCUAGAAGUUAGAAAAGGGAAGAGUAAGAUUAGAGGAACAAAUGUAGCAGUUACCGUUGACGGUUAUAGAAAGAUGCAACAAAAUUAAAAUCUUUAGAAAAAGUGCAGUGUGACAAAAAUCAAAAAUACUUAUAAUAAUUCUCUUAACUCUAGAUUAACAUAACCAAUCAAUUGCAAAGAAGGAUUUUAGACUUUUUUUUUUGAACAUUUACUGUAAGUUUGGAUAUGAAUAUGAAUGGUGGAAUAAUGCAUUUUCAAUAAAA